AUGGCUGAUCAAGGAUUGGAAGGGAACCAGCCAGUUGACCUACUUAAGCAUCCUUCAGGGAUCAUUCCAACUCUCCAAAAUAUUGUUUCUACAGUGAAUUUAGACUGUAAACUUGAUCUCAAAGCCAUAGCCUUGCAAGCUCGCAAUGCAGAAUACAACCCCAAGCGGUUUGCUGCGGUCAUUAUGAGGAUCAGAGAGCCAAAGACCACAGCUUUGAUUUUCGCUUCUGGGAAAAUGGUGUGUACCGGAGCUAAGAGUGAACAUCUUUCGAAACUGGCUGCAAGAAAGUACGCUCGGAUUGUUCAAAAGCUUGGCUUUCCGGCAAAGUUCAAGGAUUUCAAGAUUCAAAACAUUGUAGGCUCCUGUGACGUCAAAUUUCCCAUUAGGCUUGAAGGUCUUGCCUACUCUCACAGUGCUUUUUCAAGUUACGAGCCUGAGCUAUUCCCAGGACUGAUAUAUAGGAUGAAACAACCCAAGAUCGUACUACUGAUUUUUGUGUCAGGAAAAAUUGUUAUAACUGGAGCCAAGAUGAGAGAAGAGACUUACACUGCGUUUGAGAAUAUCUACCCGGUUCUUACAGAAUUCAGGAAAAUCCAGCAAUAA